AUGAGUGUCCCGACCGGUUUCGCGAAGCUUCCCCCUUACGGUACAGCACCAACUGCUUCGGCGGCUGCUGCGGGGGGAACUAAGAGGCGAGCGGAAGAUGCGCUGGAGGGGAGCGCAGGCAGCGGCGGCGCAGGCGCAGGCGGAAGCAGAAGCGGCGGAAGUUCCGGUGCGCCGCGGAGGAAGCUCGAAUCUUCCGACCCAUCCCCUCCGCAAUUGCCGCCGCCGAAGACGGCGCCAUCGGCGCUGCAGGGGCGUCCGCCGACUCCGCCGACAGUAGCGUCAGCGGCGGCGGCGCUGGUAGCUUUGUCUCCGCCGCCGUCGCUUGCGGCGCAGCAGCAGGCGGCGGCUGCGCAACAACGGGCCGCGGCGCAACAGCAAGCGGCGCAACGGCAGGCGGCGCAACAGCAAGCGGCGGCGCAGCAACGUCAGGCGGCGGGGAUGGCGGCGCAGACGCAGCAGCAGCGGCAGCAGCAGCAGCAGCAGCAGCAGGCGGCGGGGGGACUGCACGUGCGCGCGCUGUGGCUGACUGUCAGUCCCACGGAGCGGUACCUGCUGCUGGAAGACCAAGAGACGGGGGAUGUGCUCAUGCCGCUCAUCCACAUGCGCGUGAGUCACGCUGCUCCUCUCCUCUUUUCAGGAGACUCACGCUGCGCCCCUCGCCUCGCCCCUCUCUUCGCCUCGCCCCUCUCUUCGCCUCGCCCCUCUCUUCGCCUCGCCCCUCGCCUCGCCCAGCUACAGUCGAAGCUCUUCUCGCUCACGCGCCGUCUCGUCACCAUCUGUCCUGCCUUCGCCGCCUCCGCUGUUGAUAAAAUGUUUGAGGCCAACUACAGUCGCAAGCUCUCCUCGCUGAAGCACCGUCUGGUUACCAUCUCGCCCGACCUCGCCGCGUCCGCCGCCGCCGCGUCCGCGCUGCCCUCCCCGCCCGCGCUGCUGCAGGGCUUCCUGUACUGGCGCUGGGCGUUUGAAAGCCCGCACGAGGUGAGGAGUGGGAGGGAGUAG